GAGCUGGAGGAGUUCUGGCCGUUCAGAGCUCUGCUGACGGAGCUGACCCGCAGGCUGAGUUACUGCGUGACCUCUGAACUCAUCCCUCUGAUGGAGGUGGCCGGGGUCAUGGAGGCCCGAGCGAAGCAGCUUUAUAACGCCGGCUAUAAGACGCUGACUCACCUCGCCAACGCUGACCCGGCAGUCCUCAGCAACACCUUAGAGAACCUGCACCGAAAGCAGGUCAAUCAGAUCGUGGCGUCCGCUAAGUCCAUUUACACCGAGACUGUCUCACAGAUUGUCAGGAGCUUAUUUGGUGGUAAAGGAGUUCCAUAGAGAGGCGAAGUCCCUCCCUUUCCGGUGGACCUCCAUGGA